ACCGCUGUCAAAUGUGUUUUCUUUUCUUUACGUAAACAAACGAACUACGCUUCCGCGGUGCCCGAAAAUACGAGCGAUUUACAUUUUAAUUAAACAUGCAACAGUCGUCGGCAGUGGAGCUAUCUAAAGCAACUUUACGUAUGUCGUUUAUGGAGUGAAAGUGUGUUAGCCGUUCUAUCGUAAACUGUACACAAUAAUGUUCCGGAAGGUUACCACAGCAUUCAACUCUCGCUGCGCACUUUCACGGUCGUUCAGUGUGUGCGAACUGUCCAAGGAACACCAACAAGUCCAGCAGCUAUGCCGUCAGUUCAGCGAGCGAGAAUUAAAACCCGCCGCAAGUGCCAUCGAUCGUAACGGAACGUUCCCGGAGCAGCACAUCGCCAAGCUGGCGGAGCUGGGGCUGAUGCGCGUUACCGUGGCGCCACUGUAUGGUGGAUCCGGUUUGGAUAUGCUUUCCCUUUCGCUGGUAGUCGAGGAACUUUCCCGGGGAUGCGGAAGCACCGGCUCGAUAGUGUCCAUCCACAACUGCCUUUAUGCCAACCUGUUGCAUCGCCUCGGUACGGACGAUCAGAGGGCACGAUUUUUCAACAAAUACGAAAGCAAAACCAUCGGAGCGUUCGCUCUUAGUGAGGCAGGGGCUGGCUCGGACGUGGCCGCUAUGACGACCAGAGCCACCAGGGAUGCCGAUGGAAGCUGGAUACUGAACGGCACAAAGGCCUGGGUAACAUCGGGCAUCGAAUCGGUGGCGGCGAUCGUAUUUGCCACCGUCGAUCCAGCGCUAAAGUAUAAGGGCAUAACGGCAUUUCUGGUCGAUUUUGACAGUGGCGCACUGGCCGGAGUACAUCGGGGCCGCCCGGAAGACAAGCUGGGAAUUCGUGGUACAUCCACGUGCGAUUUGAUGCUGGAAAACGUGCGUGUACCGGAAGCAAACGUUCUUGGUACCGUCGGUGGCGGUAUGCGCAUUGCGAUGGAACAGCUGGAUCGUGCACGAAUUGGCAUCGCCUCGCAAGCAAUCGGAAUAGGUCAAGCCGCUCUAGAAACGGCCGUAGAAUAUGCAAAGCAGCGUACCGCGUUCGGUGGUACACUGAUAGACCUUCCUGCCGUGCGUACCAGAAUAGCCGUAAUGGGCACACGGCUUGAAAUGGCCCGACUGCUAGUUCGUAAAGCGGCCGGUGAGAUUGACCGUGGACUGCGCGCGACAAAGGCUUGUUCGAUGGCCAAAUGGAUCGCCGGAGAAACGGCAACGUAUGCGGCCCAUGGUUGUCAGCAAAUUUUGGGUGGCAUGGGGUACGUGAAAAGCCUGCCGGCCGAGCGGUAUUAUCGCGAUGCACGCAUUACCGAGAUAUAUGGCGGUGUGACCGACGUGCAGAAAGCGAUCGUAGCGGACCAAAUCAUCAAGGAGCUGGAAUGAUAUUGUACUCUGCUGUAGAGGUGGUGGGUAAGUGUGAGAGAGAAACACAAUUUAAUUGUGUUUUUACAACAAAUUUUCCAUUUACGAUUAAUGGCGAGAGUCUGAAAGACUAGGAGGUGUAUUUUUGAAUUAUUUUUACUACUGUAACGUGCAAAUAUAAAAAAAAGUAUACAA